AUGCCAGGCAGACACACAGACAACGCUCCAGGCAGGCAGAAGGACGGACAGACAGACAGACAGGUGGACCCUGUAGCAAUCAAGAGCAAUAUCCUGCUCCUCCUCUCCCAGCGUGGCGUGGAUCAGAGCCGAGCUCUGACGUUUGACCUCCCCUGUUUCGACCUGGGAUCCAGAGGUCACCUGUUCUCCAGUCAGCCCGGGGACGCCCUCCUGCCCAGCCAGGUGUCACAGCCACCAGCGGCACUUAUAGGUCUGGAUCAUCCUGGCUUGGAUUCGCAGUAUGAGCCUCCCCCCUGGUCGUCUGGCUCUCCCUGCAGCAGUGACGGCAACAGCAACUGGGGCAAAGCCCUAGUAGACGGAAGCACCGACACCCCCAAUAACCCUUCUUCAACCAGCUCUUCCGUCUGGCCUCCCUCAUCUUUUUCUUGCUCAUCCUCUUCUUCCUCUUCUGGCUGUGGAUCAGGAUCAGACCCCGAGUCGGCAUCAGAAUGCAUGGACGCAGACUCUAGUUCCUCAAUCGGCUCAGAGAGGAAUCUUGCUGCUACAACAGUGAUGAUGAUGUCAGCAAAUGCUUCUUCGUCAUCUGCAACUUCUUCCCCCACCUCUUCUUUGGGGAAUGCUGCCAUGAUGGUCAGCGUUUCAAUGAACGGAGAUGGCAAUGGCAACAGUCAUCAGGUGGUUGGCGCAGGUAUGGAAACCAUCAGCAGUGCAAAUAAUGGAAAUAACAUGUCUGAGCCCUCACAGUACUCCAUGGCUGGGUCCAACAGUAUUGGCAGCAAUAACAUGAGCAACCACAACAACAAGCUUGUCAAUAACGGUGGUGUAUGGGGCACCCCUUCAGGCAGCAAUGUGAUCCCCACUGGCGGAAGCACCCCCUGCAUCAAUGGAGGGUUAAACCCAAACACUUUAAACCCAAAUGCCAACCAUGGUGCCUGGCCACAAAAUUCAAUCCCAAAUCCAGCAUCCCAGGGCCAACGGCCUCCACAGGCUCAGGGGAUAGGUUCCAAACUAGGUAUGGCUCCCCAGCAGGCCCCCUUGCUGGGCUGGGGCGGCAUGGCAGCUCCAGACAACAGCAGUAUGAUGCAAGACACCGAGGUGAAUAAUGGUACAUUAAGCAGCAACAGUGGAAAUGGUGGCCUAAAGCCUACCAACCUUAACACUGAAUCCAAUGGACCAAAUAACACUAUCACAAUGAAUACUACUACUACUACUACUAAUGCCACAAUGACCUCUAGUCCACCAAACUCUACCGCCUCACCCCAACUCAGCGGGGAUUGUUCUUGGGGUUCCAUUGGAGGAGGGACCGGGGGUCCGCUGGCCAAUGGAAACCCCUCGUCAGCACCCCAGCACCCCCAAGGAGAACUGGGGGGCAGUGGGGCAUUCGGUACGCCUUGGGGCGCAGCUACCUACCCUGUAGACAAGGGCCCCCCAAAUGCAGACACUGUGAACCCCCAAGUCCCCUCUACUGCUGCUUAUAAGAGUAAUAAUAACCACAAUAACACUGGGGCCCCACGCUGGGACCAGGGGCCCUCCAACACCCCAAACCAGCCUCAGAGCAACUUGUCCUGUGGCAUUGGCUCAAAUCAAAUCCUUGGCUCUACAGGCCAAACAGCAGGAAAUGGAAACCAAACGACGAUGGGGCCCCCAGCAGCAAUACCUCGCCCCUGGGGGAGCAGUGCGUCCUUGUCCUCAUCGUCGUCUUCCACAACGCCUAGUAACAACCCUUCAGAUGCUGGAAGUCACAAAGGAAGCUCUUCUAACAAUGGCUGGAAAAGCCUGGAGGAUGACGCCAUGGGAAUGGGAGGAGCAGUGGGAGGCAGUGGAAGCCAUGGCUUGGGGAGUGUCACAGGAGGCUGGGGUCGCUCUGGGGGAAGCGAGGGAAGCGGUGAGAGCUCCGGAGGCCGUUCUAGCUCAGACAGAGAGAGCAUCCAGACAAAGGGGGGAAGGAGCAGAAAAAGUCCCAAUCCUGCAUCAGUACUAUCACUUCUGGUCCGGGCUGAAGUGGACCCGAGGGUCCUGUCCAACACUGGAUGGGGACAGACGCCCAUACGGCAGAACACUGCCUGGGAUGUCAAUUCUCCAAAUAACAAUCAGAACCAGGGCACCAGGGGAGAUGAAAGAAAGCUUAGCAGUGGAAGCUCCGGCUGGGGCAAAACGACACCGGCAGCUCCCUCCCAGACAUCUGGAGGCUGGGGUGGUGGGCCAGGCAGCUCAGGCAUAGAUACAGGAAGUUCUGGCAGGGGAGAGCAGAAACCAACUUCUGGCUGGGACAGCAAAAGCCCACUGAAUGGAGGAGCUGGGCAUAGCGGCUGGGAUGAUGGAGCCAGCUGCAAGGGUAAUAACAGCAGCAGCAACACCUGGAGCAACAACAUUAACAAAGAUGACAGAUCCAGUACCUGGAGUAAUACCUCCAAACCACAGCAGGGCUGGGGUUCCAGCAGUGCAAAUGUAAGUGACACCUGGGGUGCCAGUGGAGAAACCACCAGACCAAGCUCCAACAGCCACUGGGGAGAGCCCCAAAAAGGCGCAGGCUCAGUAGGUUGGGAUAGCGACAGUGACCGGUCUGGUUCUGGAUGUUGGAGCGAGCCGAGCCGUACCAACACCAGCAGCAGUAACACCUGGGUGGGGAGCGGUGGAUCAAAUACUCCAGACGUGAGCACUCCAAAUCCAGGCUCCACCUGGGGAGAGCCAGUCCUCAAACCCAAACCUCAGAGUACCACUCAGGGCUGGGCUGAGCCAUCGAAGAACAACACUGGAGCCCAGAACUGGGGUGAGCCCAAUCCUAAGCCCUCUAACGAGUGGGGAAAAGGUCCUGAAUCCAACAUGUCCAGAGGCAGUCAAGGUCAAAACAAGCCCACAGGCUGGCUGGGAGGCCCCAUGCCCACAGUAGGUCAGAAGGAGGAAGUGUCGACUGGGUGGGAAGAGCCUUCUCCAGAGUCCAUCCGCCGAAAAAUGGAGAUCGAUGAUGGAACUGCAGCUUGGGGAGACCCAGCUCAAGUAAAAACACAAAAUCCAAGCAAAUACAGCGGUGGGUCUGUCAACAUGUGGAACAGGACUGGUCAACCAGACCAGGAAGCUGUGGGCCCCUCCCCUCAGCACCAGUCCCACCCAACCCACAUGUCAAUGCAGCAUGUUAACCAGGACAAAAGCUCCGGUUCUGGUUGGGGUGAGCCAUACCCCCAACAGAAGGAAUCCGCAUCAUGGGGGGAGCCUAGUGCUGCUCCGCCUGUGACUGUGGACAACGGGACGUCUGCCUGGGGAAAGCCCAAUGACAAGAGCUACAGUUGGGGUGACGGCAGGGAUAGCAGGGAGUCUGGGUCAGGAUGGGGCAGUCAGCAUAAGUCUGCUCCAGGUCCCAAGCGCAUGGACACAUGGUGUAGUGACGAGAUGGGAAAUAGCUGGGACCAGGAAGAGGAAGUGGAGAUCGGCAUGUGGAGCAACAAUCAACAGGACAGCAGAUCCCAUGACCAAGUCACCUGGAACUACAAGCAUAAAAGCUCUACUAAGAUGAACAAACCAGUCAACAAACAGGAUGAUCCCUGGAUGAAACCCUUCAUCGGCCAGUUCAGCAGCAUGAACUUCUCUAGGGACUCCCCUGAUGACUCCAUUAAGACUGGAGCAGGGAUGGUGCAGGACAAGCGUAUGGACAUGGGCAGUAUUGGGGACUUCAAUGGAGUUAUGGGGAAGAAUUCUGGGUCUCGGCACCACCUCCACAAGGACUCCACCAUGGAUCGCAGUUCUUACUAUGACAAGCUUUCACCCUCUGCUUACGAUAUCCCAGCUUCUGAUGAACUCUCCUCCAAUCAAAGCAUGAGCCUUUCCCCCUCCAAUUCUGCUCAGUCUGUCUCUUGUCUCAAUUCUGGGCCGUCUGCUUCCCACUCUAGUUCUGGGGCUGCUGGGCAGAAUGUAAACCCAAUGUUGGGCGGCAACACCGUAGCACAGGGCCGAGGUGGCCCCCAGUCCCAGCCCCCUCCUCAACCCAGUCUUCGUAAUCAAGUGCCUCCACCCAUCCUGCCCGCUCAGGUUCCUUCAUCCCUGUUGAAGUACCCGGGAGGCAAUGGCGGUCUGAACCCUCUGUUUGGCCCUCAGCAGAUGGCUGUUCUCAACCAGCUGUCACAGCUAAACCAGAUCAACCAGAUCAACCAAUUACAGCGUCUUCUCCUCCAGCAGCAACAGCAGAAGGUUCAAAGCCAGAGACCCAUGCCUAUGGGACGUCAGACUGAACAGACACGUCCAAUUGGUUCCUCUCCAUCACCGAUGCAGCCACCACGACACAUGGACCCCUCGCUGCUGAAGCCGGCCGCGCCCCUCAAGCCGUACCUGGAUAACUACAUGUCCCACAGCACCCCUGAGAUGCUGAAGGAUGCUGCCACUCUUGGAUCCUUCAGCAACUUCCCUUUAAACUUGAAUUCUAACCUGAAUGUACCCCUGGACAUGGGUGUUGGUGGUGGUAGUGGUGGUGGAGUGAGCUAUAAAGAGCCACCCCAGUCCAGACUGAAGAAACUUUGGGCUACCGACCCUCCGGAGCAGACCAGCAAACCUGGUGCUAUGUCGUCUGGGCUGCGUCUGGAGGACUCCUCCUUCUAUGACUUAAUUUCUCCUGGCCCCUCUCCCCUGAGUCCUCCCGGCCAAUCAAUGGGCUCGGUGGGCGAUGGCUGGCCACCUCGUGCCAACUCCCCCCCGCCCCAUGGAAACACUGUCACCUGGCCCCCAGAGUUCCGGCCCGGGGAGCCUUGGAAAGGUUACCCCAACAUUGACCCUGAGACUGACCCAUAUGUGACCCCCGGCAGUGUCAUCAACAACCUCUCCAUCAACACCGUCCGCGACACAGACCACCUCAGGGACAGGAACAACGGGCCAUCCUCAUCACUGAACACCACGAUGCCUUCUAACAGUGCCUGGUCAUCCAUUCGUGCCUCCAGCCACAGCGGUUCCCUCACCAGUACAGCACAAAGCACUUCAGCCAGACCCAGUGAGUCAAAGUGGUCUCCCGGCAGCAGUGUGUCAAACUCCUCCCUAGCUCAUGAGCUUUGGAAGGUCCCCCUGCCUCCCAAGGCGCUGUCUGUGGCGGCCCCCUCCAGACCACCGCCUGGCCUCACCAGCCAGAAGCCCAGCCCUGCCUCCUCUGGCUGGGAUGGCUCUGCCCUGAGGCUGGGGGGCUGGAGCACCGCUGAGUCCAGAUACACACCUGGUUCCAGUUGGGGUGACAGCAGCAGCUCAGGGAGAACCCAGUGGCUCGUUCUGAAAAAUCUCACACCUCAGAUUGACGGCUCUACAUUGAGGACUCUGUGUAUGCAGCACGGCCCUCUGAUCACAUUCCACCUCAACCUGCCACAUGGUAACGCUGUGGUAUGCUACAGCUCCAAGGAUGAGGCCGCUAAGGCCCAGAAGAGCCUGCACAUGUGUGUUUUGGGGAACACUACUAUUCUGGCUGAGUUUGCCAGCGAGGAGGAAAUCAGCCGUUUCUUUGCACAAGGGCAGUCAAUGGCCACUCCCUCCUCUGGCUGGCAGACCCUCGGCUCCUCUCAGAGCAGAAUGGAUCAGUCUCACCCCUUUCCAAGCCGCGCUUCUGAACCCAACCAGUGGAACAGCAGCGACCUUCACAGCUCCUCCCUCUGGGGUGGGCCCAACUAUUCCAGUAGCCUGUGGGGGACUCCCAGUGGCACCGAGGCAGGGAGGAUCAGCAGCCCUUCUCCAAUCACCUCCUUCCUCCCAGUGGAUCACCUGACAGGGGGCGGGGACUCCAUGUGAGCUGCCCGCCAGUGAAAUGGGCUCGGGGAAGGGUCAGUAGAGAAUUAUCAAUAAUCAGCAGAAUAGAGACACAAAUGUAGUUCUAUAAAUGCAAUGGCACUAGUUGGACUCCUUCUCAUUUACAAGAUAUUCAACAAAACGGGGUCUCCCCUGUGGAAAACAAGUUACGUUUCUCUCUCUGCACAUAUGUCCACUUUGUUUUAGCCCAAAAACAUAUCAGUCGGAAUACUUGAAUCAUGCAGGCCAAUUCUAUAAUGUGAACGGAUGGAUAUUUGCCUCCAGGUAGUGCUCUUUCAGACCGAAAAAAAGCUUCAAUCGAGCUCAUUAUUAUUAUAUGUAUUUUUUGUUUCUUUCGUCAUGUUUAUUUGAAUUCCAAUUCUUUUUAACAUUUUAUUUUUUUGUUUUACUUUUCUUUUCUUUUUUUUUUUUGCAUUUGUUUGCUGACAAUGUUGGAGUAUGAGCUUUUUUUAACUUUGCACUGAAUGUGUUGUUUUUUUCUCAGUAUAAUCUGCAAUAUAGAGGGAGCAGCCAGUUUUUUCCAGUGUAGCUGUUUACUCAUUGAGGUCCUUACUGUGUGUGUUUGUGAGAAUUACUGUGUGUGUGCGCGCGAGCUGUGAAUGAGUACGUGUGCGCUCCUCUCUGCCUUGGCACGCCUACCUUACUGCGUUGUCGUGGAGUUCAAGAUCAACAGAUAGUUAAAGAAUUAAACCUGACUUAGGAUGAUUAUCUGGUGAUAGUUCAAGUGACAUUAAAAGUAUUGCACCAAUUUUGUUUUAAAACUAAAGAAAGUUGAGCUCUGCAGUGCAAAGGACUGUAGCCGCAGCUGGGACUAGUAAGCCCCGCCCAUCCUAAUAUAGGGAGGCGGGGGCUAUCUAGCAAGCCCCUCCCCCCCCCUUUCUCAUUAGCCCCCUGGCAGGCAGGUUUUAGUGGGGGGGAGGGGGGGAACAGCACUUUCAGAAUAGGCUUUCAAUGUUUUGGAGGUGCCACACUGCAACCUCUUGUUUACAAGACUUGGGAGGCAGAAAGUGUGUUCAUUCUUCAUUUUAAAGAGAAGAUGGAAUAAAAUUUUUAAAAAAAAAUGCACAAAAAAAAUUUCAAAACGCUUUAAAAAAAAAGAUAAAAAAUUUUUAAAAACAGAAAAAGUAAAAAAAAAAACAAACAAAAACAACUCUUACUGAGGAUGAAGACGAUGCUUUGUAACUCUGGGAAUUCGGAUCAGUGUUUUUUGGCCAUGGCGUUGGUUAUUUUGAACUAUUCCUCUUUUUGUCUGCUAAAUAACCAGCAAUGGUUCUCAGGAAAUCAAGCCAGUUUUCCCCCCUUGUAGUUUGAAUUAAAGAAAAAAAACUACUACUCCUUGUAGGAAAGGAAAAUACAACUUCUAGCACUGAAAACUAUGUAAAGGUCUGUAAGUUUUCGUUUUUGUUCUCUCUCUCUCUGCCAAAUAACUGCUUUAAGCUGGAGAAGCUCAACACACUGCUUUCAAUAUGCUGUCUUUUGAGGGAGGGAGGUAAGGUGUGCGGGGAGGGGGAGGUCGAGGACACUCCCGGCAUUCCUUCUCCUCCUACUCUUCCUCCUCCUCCACUCCACCGAUGUUUAAAAAAAAAAAAAAAAUCAAGAGUGGGGAUCGUUUAAUGCGUGAGCGCGUGACUGUGAGCGGGGAAAUCGUCGUGUCUCGUCAGACUUAUAAACCAAGAGAAAGGCGACUCUGUAUCUAUGCAUACUGUAGCCUCUCGCAUUCACAUGGCCUACUGAGAGGCGUUUAUUUUUUUUCUCCCUCUUCGACCAUGUGUCACAAUGUUUUAGCUGUUUAACAAACAUUACUCGCUUUUCCUUUUUUUUUUUUUUAAAUUUCUCUCAUUGCCACAAAUGGUGUUUUGAAAAAAAAAAAAAA